ACACUCAGCAACGAGGAUGACAGGGAUUAUUCUGUUUCUCUUGUUUCUGGCAUUUCCUCUUGACAGGACAGAGGAGCAUGUUGUUAACGGUGAGUGUUGAUAUAUUUGUUUUAUAUUGUAUUGUCAUUUAACAGAAACCUUUUAAUUAAAUAAAGGUGGACAACAGAUCUUCCCAUAGCUCAAUGAUCACUUCUGUCUCACAAUGUUUUUAGAUGGUAAGAUUUCACAGCAGUUUGCUCUGAGGUGGUUUAUUUGUAUGAAUAAUGUGGUUGUUGUUAAAGUAAUCUGCAAAAUCUGCUAAUUUUAAGACUCCUCUAGGGAAUUAUGACUCUACAAAACAAAGUGAUUUAGAAGAAAUUUUGUGUGAAAGCAUUAUUUUUAAACUCUGGUGAAUUGGGAUUAAGGAUAAAUAAAUUAAGUACUGUUUUGAAAACUUUCUAGUGAUGAAGGUUUAUGCACAAUCGCUAAACAAAGUGCAGUUAAACAAAAAAAAUUGUAUCCUAUUUAUGUCAAUUUAAUGAAUGCAUUGUCUUGGUUGAUUGUGGGAGCAACUCUUUGUCUGUGUGAACCCAGGGCUGUACACCUUGAUAGAAAAGGGUCAACCAAGCUUUGCAGACCCAGCGCCGAGCAACCAGAGCUGGCUGGUGGUUAAAGAGCCCUCCCUGCCUAUCAACGAGCUUCUGGAGAAGAGCAGCAAAACCAUAGAGACCAAGUUCACUCUCCAUCCUCUCCCUUCAGCCGUCUGGCCCAAACAUGGUGACCUGGCCCCCAUCCCUCGCCACCAUAGCCCCCACAACAAGAGUAAGAAAGGCCCUAAGAGCGACCGUCUGGUGGAACACAACAGCGAGAAAACCAGAGAAGUUUCCAGUCUGCUUCCCAAAACGUUGUUGAUGGGAGCUGCAGCAGCUGCCACCACCAACAACAACAACAACAACAAUACCCGAACCGUGCAAAAACCAAACCAGGACACCCAGUCUAACAUCAGUCCUCCUCAGCUGAGUGAACCAGAUGGACACCUCAACUCCAGACCCAGGUCUCCGGUCCUCACGCAGUCUCAGUCUCAGCCACACCAACCGGCCUCUUCCCCAAGAAAAGACCCCCCAAACAGACGGCUAGACCCAGAAGAGAACCGACCUGGAAAGUCCAGUCUCUAUCAGUCAGGUAUCGGUGCAGCAACCCGGAACAACAGUCGGCCACCUGUGGUCUUCAACCGGCGCUCCUCCAGCCUGCUAUACCAGUUUGACAUCUUGAGGCGAGGUAUGUAUCUUGACCUUCAAAAGCCACAUAAUGAGGAUCUGUGAAUGUUACUGUGCUGUGCCCAAGCUUUAUCAUUUUAAACCCUCCUUUGGGAGAACGCUUUUAAAAGAUUGAAAAUUAUGUAAGAGUUAGGGACAUUUUUCUAAGCCAUGUGGGGAAUUCUUUGAAGUCUAGUUUCCCAGUAUUUAUUACCAAUAAUAAUCUGAGUAUCCUGACCUAAAAUAUCAUAUUACAUAACUAUAUGACUCAACCCAAUAUGUCUGUGUAAACUAAGAUACAUGGAGUCAACAUUUAUAGAUCAGAUAUCUAGAAAUUUAGCAGAGGACUUUUGAAAACAAAUUACAUUUGGAAGCUAUAAAAGCUUUUUAAAUUUUCCAGUUUUCAUAUUGUUGUAAUGUCUCUUGGAAAUUUGGGCUGGGACCUUUGCUGCAUGCAAUCCCUAAAUCUUGUUCCCCACUUUCCUGUCACUCUUCAGGAUUGCCUGUCAAUCAAUGACUUGAAAUGACCACAAAACAACUAAAGUAGAACAAAAAGGCUUAAAUUUUAUGAAAAAGCACCAGUCAUAAAUUAAUACUGUGCUCAAAGGCACGAUAAACACCCCUAAUUACAUGUUCUUCACUGAAUACAGUCUGACAAUGUGCACAGUGUUGGAGGAGGGUUAGGUUAUCAUUAAGCUGAAGCAAAGUAAGUGAGAGUGUUCUGACGUUAUAAUAAAGACGGAAAAUGUACCACAGAUGUGAUCUCAUCACUCAUACCACCUCCUCCAGUCCCAUGCUGAGGAAUGUCACGUCUGGGUUUUGUAAUGACAACCCUGUCCUUUUCUAAUGACGCUGGAAUGAGAGUCUGGCUUCACCUUCUCCUUCUUCAUCUUCUUCUUCUUCUCAUCCCUCCAUCCUCUCUUCUUGUUGUUUUCUCUACGUAGAGCCUGACUUUACACACGAUGCCUUCUGCAUGAGCGAGUGCAGGAAGGAAAAGGAGGAGCGAGAGUAUUACUGCUACAGUGAGUUUGGUAUGUAUACAGUCAAAAAACAAUGUUCAAGUUUGUCAACAUAAGAAAAAAAUACAGAAAUUUCUUUUUAUGAGGAUUAUUUUUGUAGUUUUUUUUACACUUUGUCACCUUGUUAAUCGAUUGUACUUCUCAAAAUUAGAGUUUUCAUCAUAAACUGAAGCAAAGCAGCACAGAACAGACAGAGAUUUAAAAUGCUAUAUAAGACUCUACUGAAUAUUAGUUCACAGUUUUUGGUUUGUUUGUUUUUUUCAAAUGUGGUUCAAGAUUUUUUAUACCCUCUAAUUUGCUCAUAAUAAAUAUGAAGCCAGAACCAGACCAAUUAGUUUGGCUCUGUUGACGAGUAAAACACAAACAUGUUGUGUCCAAAGCUCAUAAAUAAGCACGCGAGCAAACAGUUUCUUCUCCAAACCCAUGCAAAAAAUAAUAAAAAACAUUUUAAAAAACAUUAAUUAAUACUUUUUUUUGUUUUCUUUUGGUAUUGGCAUACGUGGCACUGUGACAGGACAUUUGCUGGUUGCUAGCUGAGUUAAAACUCUGUUCAUUGGACUUGAAUCAACUCAGAAACACAACUGUCCACGAACGGAAAUAAUAUUUUACAUAGUGUGAUGUGUACAUUUAUAAUGUUUUGACGUUUCACACUCUGUGCUCCUCAAACAGCUAUAAAUGGGAUAGUUCACGACAUCGAAGUGUUGCGUAAAGGGAUCCGCCUCAUAACCUUGAUGGUGAGCAGUGAUGGCUUCUACAAGAUGAGUCGUCUCUACGUGACGCCGGACAGCUUCUUCUUUAAAGUUCGCCUGCUGGUUUUGGACACCUACAAAUGCAGCAAGCCUUGUCCUGACAUCAAGCUUGGUGAGUGUCGCAGAAUUAUUGACCUCUUUGCUUUGUCUUGAUUUAUUAAAUUGAAAAAUAAAAAGAUGUUAUAUAUUUACAUGAAUAUACAAAUUGUCAAAAACUGAAAUAAACAGCCAAUGACCUAAAAUGUUUUAUGUGAAGAAUGGAAAUUUCAACAUUUCCCAUUAUGUUCCAAAGGAACCAGAUACAUCGUGAUGGGUCAGAUCUACCACCGAAGGCGCCAUCUUCCCAGUGACCUCCUGAACCUCCUGGGGGGUAAACUGAAGCCUGGAGACGGCCUCCUGAGGAGCAAUAACUACGUAAAGAGAUUCAACAAACGGAGGCAUCAGAAGGCCUUGGAAGCCACCCGCUCCAAGUGUAGGUGAACUAAAGAUAAGACUGUGGCUCCCCUGCUGCAGGGGAAGAGACAUUGCAGCCGGAACUGUUCCUAAGUUACCCUUCAGUAUUGUAUUUCACAGAAGACAUGGAUGUAUUUUCUUAUGGACUGCUUUGAUACGUCAUUAUUUGGGUUUUUCUGUUUAUUCAUUUGUUUUGUUCUUUGCAAGGAAACUUAAAUGGCUUUAAAUUAAAUAGAUUUUAGCUCCAUCAGCCCCUCUAUUCAAAUCUUAAACUAGCCACUCGAUUCAACUCUUUAUUAGUUAAUGGCUGGUUCAUGAAAACCAAAAAAAGUAAAAAUUCUCUGCCUUAGAGGUAAAUUGCAAUGAUACAGGUUUAAUCACAGACUGAGAGUGAGUGCAUAUAAAACCCAAGCAGCUAAUCUUGCCUGGUACAUUUUGAAGGAUCACGCAGGAUCCCUGAAAUCCAUCAUUUCAAUCCUGAGGUUCCUUUAAUUAUUAUUAGAUUAUGCAUCUAAAUUAAUUUAAUUACAUGAUGUCGUUUUGCACUGAAUAGUAAUUGUCUCCUAACACCCAAAUUCUGUACAUGUUGUCACUGCGGUUGUUUUUGGUUAGCAGGAAAUGCACUUUUAUUGUUCCAAGGACCAAAGGGAGGGAAUGAAGGGCCUGAAAAAAUCUUAGUGAAGAGGAGGAGGAGUGAAAAAGGGAAGAGAGAGCACAUUUGCUUGACAUUAGAGCAACUUAUUUCCAAACUUUAAUUAUGUGUCCAGGAUGAAAUAUUCGUCUGAGUAGAGGGGAACAUCAAAAGAUGCCUCACUGAACAAGGAGGAGGGAUGUUAUUGUAGGAACUUUGCCGUAAAUCCAAUCGCAGGAAUCAGAUUUACUGCACACCUGGGCAUUUGACUUGGGAAAAUGCCUCCUUUACUCUCUUGUUUUCUUGCUUAUUCAACAACACUCUCUCCUCUGUGUGGGUCAAAGCUAAAAAAGGGGAUAUUUAAAGUAUGAAGGGAGGAUCGGAGAAAGCGGAAGGCGUGGGCAAGGUCGAAAGAAAAUAAAAGAGGGUUACGUAAAAUGACACAGUGAGGGGAUUAAAAGAGGAGAGGCUUGUCCUCCCUAAGGGACAGCUUUUUAUUUAAUGAAAAAAAGCCUCUGGCUGUAUUGUACUACAACCUUGAUUUGAUGCUUCUUAGAAA